CGAUGCAGCACUGCAGCUGCCGGCUGCCGCAGCCCGCUCCUAUGGUUGGCGCCUUGGCGGGCACAGGAGGAGUACAGGACAACCUGUUGACCGCUCACUGCGUCACUGACCCCUCUACACGCACCACCGUCCAUCACGAGCUCCCAUGUCCAAGCUCUCCUCAGCUCAGCUCCUCCUAUAAGUCGGCGCAUGAUUGCAUCGCUCCCUCUACAAAGUCCAAUCAAAUCAAGAACGAGACGCUGGGCGGCUAUAGCCAUCUCUCCUGUCUUCUGAUCUUGCUAGCCGUCUCUACCUUUCCGCAAUGGCGGCUCAUCUGCUGCUCUCGGUGUCUCUCCUUCUGAGCUCACUCACCGGGGCGGUGUCCACGACGUUCACGCUGACGAACUCCUGCGGCUACACGGUGUGGCCGGGGCUCCUGUCGAGCGCGGGGUCGCCGCCGCUCUCCACCACGGGCUUCGCGCUGGCGGCGGGGGAGUCCCGCUCCGUGGACGCGCCCCCGGCGUGGUCGGGCCGCAUCUGGGGCCGCACGCUCUGCGCCGCGGAUCCGGGCUCCGGCCGCUUCUCCUGCGCCACGGGCGAGUGCGGGUCCGGCGCGGUGGAGUGCGCGGGCGGCGGCGCCGCGCCGCCCACCACGCUCGCCGAGUUCACCCUCAACGGCGCCGGCGGGAUCGACUUCUACGACGUGAGCCUCGUCGACGGCUCGAACCUGCCGAUGGUGGUGGUGCCGCAGGGCGGCUCCGGGGCCACCUGCGGCGCCACGGGGUGCCUGGUGGACCUGAAUGGGCCGUGCCCCGCCGACCUGAAGGUGGCGGGCCCCGACGGCGCCGGCAUCGCCUGCAAGAGCGCGUGCGGCGCGUACGGGCGGCCCCAGGACUGCUGCAGCGGCGACUACGGCACCCCGGCGACGUGCCAGCCGUCGGACAGCUCGCAGUUCUUCAAGAACGCGUGCCCGCGCGCCUACAGCUACGCCUACGACGACGCCACCUCGACCUUCACCUGCACGUCUGGCACCGUCAGUUACCUCAUCACGUUCUGCCCUAGCAUGUCCAGCCUCAAGUCGUCCGUGAGCAGCAGCGGCGCCGGCGCCAGCACGAACCCGUCAUCCGGCGGCCCGGGCCUGCCCCUGAUCAACGACACGGUCUCCUUCGCCGGGCGGGGCGACGGGUACUCCUCGUACCCCUACGCGUCCGCGUCCGCGUCGGCGCCGUCGCUGUCGGCCCCAGGCCCCCUCGCGCUCGUCGCGGCCGCCGCGCUCACAUGGCUCUGCGCCGCCCCGCGCCACCGGCUACGGUUGUAGAGCGAGCGACCGCCCCCACGCCGCCACGCGCAUGGGCCGUGGCACCGGGCGCGGUCGCUGCUGCUCCCCCGCGUCCAGGGGUGGUAGGGAGGCAGCGGCCAGCAGGCACGGCAGCCCUCGUGGAGCCGCGUGGCCGCCCAUGCGUCGGCCAUGUGCCGGCCGGCCCAGACGUUUUGACCUCGGGCCGUAGUGCUAAUUGUAUAGAGAGAGACUAAAAUCAUUGUGGAUCGGAGAGGGGUAGUAUGAUUUUUGCAAGCGAAGCAAGGUGGUCUCGGUACAGAGCUUGAUAUUGUUUAAUUAGGAUGGAGGGAGUACCCUCAAGAUCGAGAACUGAGAUUCCUUUUCGAGAUGGGUGAAUACACAGCAGAACAGAACA